CACAGAGGAGGUUUAUUACUGGAGGGCAGGAAUGAAGGAAGGGGGUGGGGAGGAUCCGCAGAUGGGGGAAACAAAGGACAACUGUGAUGGAGAAAAUUAGAGGGUGCUAUAGCCGGGAGCAGAACAAUGAGGCGGAUGGUCACUGUGUGCCUAGAGAAUGGGUAUUACCGAAGGACAAAUAGGGGUGAGAGAACUAAGAUGGGGAGACGCAGAGGGAGUUGAACUGGAGAAAAACAAUGGGGUAACUGAGGCUGGGAUUUGCACGUAAUCUCGAAUUGGCUGUGAGCAGCUUUAGGGCUGGGAUCGCCGUGGUUGUGGGGUUUUAAGGUUUUUUGCUUUUCUGUGGAUCGUCCCCACCCCCGCUUAGCGCAGUGCCCGGCACAGAGCCAGCGCUUAAUGAAUGCUUGUUGAUUAUACCUAGAGGAAUCUACGUGAGACAGGCAGCAAUUGGGAUUGGGGGUGUGGAGGGAGAGAGAUCGCUGGCGAGAGGGACCUCUUGGUGCCCUGGAAAAGGGACAUGGGACGGGCCCUUUGGGGCGACGCGGCAGCGAGCAGAGGAGGAGCAGGGGGAGGUCCGCAAGGGGAUCCGGCGCGGGCGGGCACACAGGAGCUACGACUGCGCCCCGCGCGUCCGGGAUUUGACCGCGGUCGAGCUUAAUCUCCGAUCGCGGAGGGUCCAGCUUUCGGACGCAGACAUUCGCGAGGCGACCUCCUGCUCGUCUCGGGAGAUGCUCCCCGCGAGACGCCCCCGUCGCCCCUCGACAGACCCGGCUCGGCUGGGGAGGAUCCCCGGGGGAAGCUGUUGGAAGAGGAGACGGGGGUGCCUUCCUCCUCGGCCGCGGCGGCCUCCGGAAGACACAGGCACCGCGGCCUCCGCUGGGUCUAGUUCGGGGUGGCCGGGCUCCGGCCUCGCCGGGAGAGCGGGGCUGCAAAGAGCCCCCUCGGCAGCUAUGACGCCGAGUGGGGCGGGGCUAGGGGCGGGACGAGCUCAGGUGAGCACACGGGAGAGAGGGGCGGGGAGCGGUGAGGCGGGGCUCUGGGCGGGGAGGCCAAUCCGAAAAGGACCAGGCCCCCCGUUGCCUGGAGACAGGCCCCGCCCAGCAGGCGGCACCGGAAGUGGCUGGCCGGGCUCAGCCUUUAAGAUGGCGUCUCCUCAGGGGGGCCCGAUGGCGAUCGCGAUGCGGCUGCGGAACCAGCUUCAGUCUGUGUACAAGAUGGACCCGCUGCGGAACGAGGAGGAAGUCCGAGUGAAGAUCAAGGACCUGAACGAGCACAUCGUCUGCUGUCUGUGCGCGGGCUACUUCGUGGAUGCCACGACCAUCACGGAAUGUCUGCACACCUGUGAGGGUCCUCCCCCGCCCUUGUCCCUCCCCGCCCCGCGCCCUCCCAGCAGGACUCGGCCCUCCCGCAGCCCAGGGGACCGGUGGGAUGGACGGAGCUGCCUGCGGGCGGAUCCUUCCUGCUCCGGGGCCUCUCCCCCAGCGCCCCUUCACCGGGUGAGGGAGGGACGGGGGCUGCAAGGUGUGUGGCCUCUCUCCCCCCCCAGUCUGUAAGAGUUGCAUAGUGAAGUACCUGCAGACCAG